CUAGCUUUAUCAGUGAAAAGACGUGUUAAUUUAGCCAAAGAUGCAAAGAAAUCGAAUAGAGAGAACAGCUUCGAAACGAUGGCGGGGUUCAGUGCGAAGAUUAGUUGCUGCCACAGUCUACAACUUGUCCUGCUUUACACAUGGCUGCAGCACGGGCUGGGUGUCGGGGGUGCUCGGGAACGAAGCUCUGACAGGCGGGGCGUGGCUGGCAGCGCUGCCGUGCCUGGUUGCUCUGCCCGCCGCUCCGAUGUUCGCGGUGCUAGCUGAUGUCCGGGGAAGGAAAGCUGGUGCUUUUUGUAUUUGCCUGAGUUUUAUUAUAAGUUGGUCCCUCGCUGCAUGGUGUGGAGCUCGCGGGGUGUGGGCCGCAAGAGUGGCAGCCGGCGCUGGCGGGGCGGGCGCACUUGCCUUGACUCCGCUGUACUGUGCAGAGAUCACUCCUAAGACCAAAGGCCUAGCUGCCAUGCCAGCAUUGGCUAGUAGCUGCGGCAUCCUGUUUGCAUAUUCAGCAGGCGGAGUGCUGUCCCCACAUGCACUCGCAUUGUCAAUGGCUGUGCCACCGACUGUUCUUAUGUUGUCUCUUGUGUGGUUGCCAGAGACCCCUUCUUACCUCAUAAGUGUUGGCAAAAUACAGGAAGCUGCAAAAAUAAUGUGCUGGUUUGAUGGAUCAGACUUCAGAGAGGACCUCACAGAUGUGAUCGAACAACAGGAAGUGCGAAUUCGAAUCUCUGACGGACUCGGAAGUAAAGAAUUGAUGAGACGGCAGGACUCGGACACUUUCCAGCCGAUGUUGAAACGGAGCAGCGGUUUGGAAUCCAAUUCUGAAAAGGAGAGGCUAGAAAAGUCUACGUGUAAAGAACUAUUUUGUCACCGCGGAACUCGCCGAGCGCUGAUAUCUUGUGUAGCAGUGUUGUGUGCUGCAGCGGGCAGCGGUGCUGGUGCAGUCAACAGCUUUGCUGCUGCUGUUUUACAGCACUCAACUCACAGAGUACCAAUACUUAACGAUACUGCGUAUAACUUCACCAUUUACAAUGGAACUCUUCCGCGUAAUCUGUUUGAGGCAUCAGAAGCUGGUUCCAUGUUGUGUGGAACAGCUCUUGUACUCGGAGCAGCUGUAGCUACUUUUACUGUUGACAAAAUUGGGAGAAAGACUUUGCUAAUCUGUUCAUGUUCAGGAAUUGCAAUCGCGCUAACUAUACUGGGGAUAUACUGCGACCCCCAUCUACGUCUACAGUCUUGGUACGUGCACCGCUUGUGGCCAGGAAAAAAGUAUAAUUACAAAGAUAAAAAUGUCAGAGAAAGACUGGAAAUCCAAAACAACUAUACUGUAUAUAACAACACAAUUUUUACUAUCAAUGACAGUGGAAAGCCAUGGUACAGAGUUAGCGUAGAGCAUAAUUAUACAGCAGACGGUGACUGGUCAGUGAAGUUUGAGGACAGUAAAGAGAAAGAUGAGAUAACAAUAUGGCUGCCAGUGUUAAUACUUUCACUGGUACUCUUUUUGUACAAUAUAGGGUUGGGAUCCGUGCCUUACGUGCUGAUAACGGAACUAUUUUCAGUAAAUGUACGUAGCCUUGCUUCUGGUUUCCUGAUUACUUGGAUGUGGUUUAGCAAUUUUCUUCUCCUGCGCUACUUUGGCACUAUCGCCAUUUCCCUUGGUCUCCACGCGACUUACUAUAUUUGUGCAUGUAUCACACUUUUGGGAGCCUUGUACAUUUAUUUUGUGAUACCGGAAACUAAAGGCAAAUGUGAGGAUCAGAUUGAAGAAGCUUUGAAAGGACCAUGGCUGCUUAUCAAAGGAAAAAGAAAAAAUGAACGAUGACAAUCAAGUGCAGGAGUGUUCACACUCUCGGAAGGAAAUUUUGUAGAGAAUUGAAAAUUUGAUGGAUAAUUGAAAAGAUGGAAAGUUUAAAAAUAUAUUUUUAUUUUAGUUGGGAUUGUGCUUGAUAAGAUGUGUUGAUUGGUUAAAACUAAAAGGAAAUACUUAGUUUGAAAAACUAAAGGUUUCGGAGGAAAAAAUAAAAAGGGAAUUUUAAUAAGACACGGUUGGAGAUGUUUUGGGGAUCAUAAAUUUUACCGAAGAUGUAUGGUUAGGUAGAUAGAUAAGGAGAGUAAGUAAUAUAAUUUUUCAAAAAAGAUGGAAUUGAUAGUAGAUUUGCUAAAAUAAUGAUAUUUAUUCUCAGUACAAGAGAGCUCUGUUUGAUAGCACAAGGGAGACAAAGAUAAUAUUAUAUCUAAUUUAACUUUAUCGUAUUCAGAUACCUAAUAAUUUAUCUAAUGAAUUGUUGGUACCCCAUCUACAGAUAGAAUGACAAUCGCAGAAUACUUCUUAAGACACAUGGCGGAAGUAUAAUAUAAUUGCUUCCUACAUCCAAGGGCGCAACUCUUCCAGCCUACUUGUAUAUGCCCAAUUCAGUGUCAUAAGCUGUCAGCUGAGCUGUUGUCAUCCUAUCAGCAUAUUUUGCACGGGGUAUUAGCAAAUAAUAAAUAAUCUAUCCUAUAUGUUUGUGCUGUAUAUUAGGAUAUUCGAUGUUUAGUAUAAGAACGCUCAUCCUCAUAUUAUUUGUAUGUCUAUUUAACAAAAAAUGUGUCAAUUAAAAAUAAGAUUUGAAGAACCAAAUUAUAUCGAUAUAUCAUUAAAAUUAAGGAUUAAGGAGUGUUUGUGUUAAAUUGUUAUUUACGGAAAUUGUUCAUAUCAGUGGGCAAGCGUAUCGUCCAAUUAUGAUUUUCAUGUCAAAGUGUGUUUCCUAUGCCGUUGGGCUACAGAAGCUUUUGAGGUGACCCACACCUGCGCACGCGCAUCGACGGAAGACGGAAUUCCAUAUUCUGUCAAUAUAUAAACGAAUAUUGCGUAAAUAGGCAACUCGGAAUCAAUGCCGCGUCGUAGGUAGGGUAUAUUAUUGACUCAAGUUUUACGCGCUAUGUACAUUGCGGGUUUGAAAAAAUACUAAAUCACUAAAACUACAAGAUAAGGCAAAUGGUUAUUGGCAUUUGAUUGUGUUUAAGUAGUAGUAUAAUAUUAACGCUAAGUUUUUGCUAGCGUUCUGGUUACAUGUUGCUCUUUUAUACUUACAAUUUAUUCGCCCAAAAGCUUCUUUAUCACAAAUCCAUAAUGCCAUAGGUACCUACAUCUGCUGUUUCAAAGAAACAUUUAAAGGUAAACGCGCAUAAUCUAACCCACUUUGCUGAUACAAAAUCAAUGCGGGAAAAGUUAUAAAACAUUGAAAAGAGUAUAAAUCAAUAUGUUGUCUUUCAUUGUAUAAGAAUAAUUUCAAUUCUUUCAUGAUUCCCAUGAUGGGUCAUUGUCAACAACGCAACCCAUGCCAUUGUAGAUAAGAGUAUUUGUCGCCGUGGAUAUGGUUCCCACAUCGAUACUAAAGUGCCCGUUUACCUUUGGAAACAGUUAUGCAUGUGGUCAGACCUUACUGUUUGGUAAAUCUCUUUCGCGAAACAGAAACAUCAUCGCCAGGAUCCGAUAGCUAAGUUAAAUGUAGUAAUUGCUGUUGUGAUAAUAUAUUGUUUAUUAAGUACCUAAUAAGAUUAAAAACAUUUUACUCAGAACACACAGACAGAUGAGAUUGGGGGUUGUUUUUAAAAUUAAUUAUACUUGACAUACAGUACAGAUAUCAAAGAGCAAUGUUAUGGAACGUAGGGGAGACCGGGUACACACAAACGUACUUAAUGUUCGCUUUUUAUUUGAAUAUGAAUAGCGCGAAACAACCAACACGUCAUGAUUCGCGCUGUUCAGAAGACUAACUAUGCCACACGAUGCGUUCCAGGUGCGUUGCGGCACCGAACCGCUGUGGAUUUGAGCAUUGGGUGCCACAAAAGUAUAGACAACAAAGCAUGGCAGGGAGCUUCACUCUCAGGCUUCGCGCCGCGACUAGAACUCGAGUGAAGAGCGGACAUUGUGCUGCUAGAGUUAAAGCAGAGUGAAUUUAGUGUCUGGCUAUUAACAUUUUUUGGAUUUGAAUAUAGCCAAAUGAAACUUUCAUUAAAUGCUCUACAAAAUAAUGUAGAUAUAGGUAGGUACUAUUACUUAUUAUAUUUUGGAAAUAAUAUUUAAAAAGCUUUUAAAAAUAAAUUGCUAAAGAAUACCUAUCUCAGUCGAGGACACACAAAAGUAAAAACUGUAGGUUGUUUAACACAGAAUUUAGUCAGUCAGUUAGCUAACCCUCUGCAGCCGUUUGCGGGGUUUCAGCCAAUUGGUAAUGCUAUAGGCUGUGUUACGAUUACCUAUUUUCGACCGCGGCGCAGAUUGUGCCUGGUCUCCCCUACCUAAAUAACUGGAUCCUAAGGAUAUUUUUGCUAUAAAUAUAGUUCAGAUAUAAAACAAAAUAUUUUGGAAAUUGAUGUCGUUUACGAAAUAGUCAGAAAUUUUAGUUUAUGAAAUAAAUGAUUUUAUUGCAAAUAAU